AUGCCGUCACGAGCAAUCUUGGCGCCGGCUCCGGCGCGGCUACCGAUAAUUUCCUCUUUAGCCCCAGCGCCUGCGCCGUUGGGGCACCACGACAGGACAACGAGAACCUUUCCACCGUUCGCGGCGGCUGGAGUCGCCGCCGGUUUCUCUCUCUUCAUAACUUUCUCCGUCUGCUUCUGCAAAUUCAGCCGUAAGCGUUCAACACAUCCGGCGGGAGACACCGCCACGUCUCCUCGGCGACCGCCGCCACGCGAGUUCUCCUACUCGACUCUCCGCCGCGCCACAGACUCUUUCUCGCCGACUAACCGGCUGGGUCAAGGCGGGUUCGGCGCCGUGUUCCGCGGAAGUAUCUCCGGCGGUCAGAAUGUAGCCGUUAAGGUGAUGGAUUCGGGAUCUCUCCAAGGAGAAGGUGAGUUUCAGAACGAGCUGUUCUUCGCCGCCAGGCUUGACUCGCCUCACGUGGUCCCGGUCAUCGGCUUCUCACACGACCCGAAACGACGGCGUUUGAUCCUCGUCUACCAGCUCAUGGACAAUGGCAACCUCCAGGACGCGCUGCUUCACCGGAGAUCCCCUGAGCUCAUGGAUUGGAAUCGGAGGUUUCUGGUUGCGAUCAACAUCGCCGAAGGGAUCGAGCAUCUUCACAGCCUGGAACCGCCGGUGAUCCACGGCGAUAUUAAACCGAGCAAUGUGCUAUUAGAUAAGCUCUUCUCCGCCAAAAUCGCCGAUUUCGGCCUCGCGAGGCUGAAACCGGAUCACGUGGAGAUUGCUGUAGCAGACGGCGGCGGAGAGAAGGCGGAGGAUUACGGAUCUGUAGUGGAAGAAGUGGAGAGUGUGGUGACUACCGCGACUGGGUGUGAAGAAUUCAACUUUGGAUUGGUGGAUCAGUCGCCGGAAAGCAUCGCUAGGGUUCCUGGUUCGGUGACUGCUUCGCCGGAGACGGGAAUUGCUCCUGUGGCAUCGCCGGAGACGACGGUUGUUUCCGUCUCUCCGGAGAUGGGGGAGAAAACAGAGAGCGAGAAGGACGGUGGUGGUGGUAACGUGGUGACGAGGAAAGGGAAAGAGGUUGAGAGCAAAGAUUGGUGGUGGAAGCAGGAGAGCAAUGGUGGUGGUGAUAGAGGGAAAGUGAAGGAUUACGUCAUGCAAUGGAUUGGCUCUGAGGUGAAGAAGGAGAGACCGAGGAACAUGGAUUGGAUCGAGGCUUCUUCGUCUUCGUCGAGUAAGAAGCUUGAGAAGAAGAGUAGUAAGAGACUAGAGUGGUGGCUUUCGCUAGAGGAAGAGGACGAGAAGAAGAAGAAGAAGAACAAGAAGAAGCGGAGGAUGGUUGGAGAGUGGUGGAAAGAUGAGUAUCGCAGAGAACUCGCUAAAAAGAAGAAGAAGAAGAAGAAGAAGAAGACGUUGGAGUCUGAGUUUUGUAGUGACGAUGGGAGUAGUAGUGUGAGUCAAUGGCGGCGUGGUAGUAGCAUAGAUUGGUGGUUAGAUGGGUUAAGAGCAAGAGGCAAUAGUCAUGACUCGGUGAGCGGCGAGAUUGCGAAGAGCUGUGGGGUCAGUAGCACGCCGAGUAUGAGAGGAACGGUGUGCUAUGCAGCGCCUGAGUAUUGUAACGUGGAGAACAAUGUGUCUGAGAAGUGUGAUGUGUAUAGCUACGGUGUUUUGUUGUUGGUGCUGAUCUCCGGGAGGCGGCCGUUGGAGAUGACGGGGUCUGCGAGCGAGAUUCAAAGGGCUAAUCUUAUGUCUUGGGCGAGGAAGCUGGCGAGAAGAGGGAGGCUUGGUGAUCUUGUGGACCAGAAGUUGCAGAAUUUGGACUCGGAGCAGGCGGUGUUGUGUAUAAAGGUGGCGUUGCAGUGUCUGCAGAGAUUGCCUGUUUCACGACCGUCGAUGAAAGAUGUUUUGGGAAUGCUUAGAGGAGAGGUGAGUCUGCCGGAGCUGCCUAAUGAGUUCUCGCCGUCGCCGCCGUUGAAGACGAUGAGGAAGCAGCGCCGUUGA